CUCCAGAUCCCGUCAUCUCGUCCCUUGACAAACCUCCUGCUACGGCGCCCUUAGAAAGCAUCUUGUGCUGUUUCUUGCAGCGCUUCCAAACUCUUGACGCCGCACUUCGCCGUCACCAAAACCACACACAUAUCCAGACAUGGCGCUGAAGCGUAUUAACAAGGAACUCGCCGACCUUGGCCGUGAUCCGCCCUCGUCCUGCUCUGCCGGUCCGUCUGGCGAUGAUCUCUUCCAAUGGCAAGCCACUAUCAUGGGUCCUAGCGACUCGCCGUACGCUGGCGGUGUCUUCUUCCUUCAGAUCCAGUUCCCUACGGACUAUCCGUUCAAGCCGCCAAAGGUCCACUUCACGACGCGGAUCUACCACCCCAACAUCAACGCAAAUGGCAGCAUCUGCUUAGACAUCUUGCGUGACCAGUGGAGCCCUGCCUUGACUAUAUCGAAGGUGCUGCUCUCCAUCUGCUCGAUGUUGACAGACCCGAACCCCGACGACCCUCUGGUGCCCGAGAUCGCCCACGUUUACAAGACAGACCGUGCGAAAUACGAGCAGACGGCUCGUGAGUGGACUAGGAAGUAUGCGGUCUAGCGUGCAGCACCGGGUCUCCCUUGAUUUCACGUGCAGCGGUCGAUGUACUGGGUUUUGGGAGGCUUUGGCCGUUGGCCAGGACCGUCUUCAGGGUCCAGCACCUCGGGGAGGCCUGCCAUGUGCGUCGUGCGGCGGACAGCAGGGUCCUCCGGAGUAUUGCGGACGGGGCUGGGGAGUUUGAUGGCGGAACCAGUCUUUGUCACGGGGUUGGUCGGAACGGUAGUAGGGGCUUCACGCAUCGGCAGCGGCGCCCUAAUCAUCCAUACUGCAUGAACUCAGGUAGCCAGGAAAUCGGAAGGGACUCAGCCACUGCA